AUGAGCUUCCCUACUCACAUCCUCGACGCCCAUCCAGGAUACCACAUCACGGAACAGCCCCUCACAGGCUACCACCACAACGACCCUUACCACCCGGAACGAUGGACAACACUCCCUGAUGUAUCCAGACACCAGGGUGACCCGUACGACAUCCCUGUUGACGAUUCUCCUCCCUCGGAUCUUGCCUUCCACACACAAGGUGAUCCAGGGCCACCCCGUUCCACCCACCACCUCCCACUCGCGACAUCCACCGAUUCGCUCUCACCAGCGGCUCUCUUCCUUUCUGCGUUCAGUCCACCCACCUCUCAUACCCGCCUACCAGAUGACGAAGGCGAGUCUGUCGCAGGUUACGUACUCGGCCCCGUAAUUGGUUAUGGAAGCUUCUCCACCAUCAGGCGUGCUUCUUCCCCUUCCGGUGGCAUCGUCGCCAUCAAAAUCGUAAAGCACUCAGAGUUACAACGUCAGAACAAUCCUGACUUGGCUCGUAAACGCCUAAACCACGAGACCAGAGUGUGGUCUUCCCUCAGCCACGAACAUAUCCUGCCUCUCUUCACCUUCGAACACACUGCUUAUGCAGAUUUCUUCGUCACUUUGUUUUGUCCCGCCGGCUCCUUGUUUGAUAUACUCAAACGACAGGGAACCCCUGGCUUACCUCACGACGAUGUGGGAAUGAUGUUCCGCCAGGUCGUCAGAGGAGUACGCUACCUACACCAAGUAGCAGACUACGUGCAUUGCGAUAUCAAACUCGAAAACGUCCUCGUGGACGAAAUGGGCGUGUGCCGUAUCGGCGAUUUCGGAUUGGCAAGGAAGAUUGGCGAACCGGACGAAGAUGACGCUUUUGACCCUACUGCGGUGCACCGUCACCGAUCGACUAUAUCUCACUCCAGGCGAAAAGUAAAGGAUUUGCUUCCUUCCCAUGCAACUAUCGUUCGUCACCAUGCACGCCGGCACAGAACGUCCACGCCUCUUGGCGAUGGGCCGCAGGUGCCCGUCCAUCCAGCCCAUGCCUUCCCCGCCGGAUCAUUACCUUACGUUGCACCCGAAUUGCUUUCUCCUACGCAAGGAAGGCAUGUCCGCGCUCACCCCGCUCAAGAUAUGUGGGCACUAGGAGUGUUACUCUACGUUCUCCUCACGGGUCGCCUACCCUUCUCUGAUCCCUUCGAGCCAAGACUGACGAUGAAGAUUCUGCACGGUGAGCCUCCUCGCUUCUUUUUCUGUCCCUUUUUUACCGUCAUUUGUGUCCUUUCUACAGGUGCGUUCGAUAUGCCAGAAGGCAUCGGGCGAGGUGCAGAGCGCGUAUUGAGAGGAUGUCUCGAACGAUCCGUAACCCGUCGUUGGACCAUCUCCAUGGUAGACGAUGCGGCGUGGGGAAUUGGAUGGGGAGACGAAAUGGACGAUGAACCGACGUCC